GCUGAAAAUGUAUUAUUUUAACGCUAUUAUCACCGCCGCUCGCUUGCUCUGCUAUUUUUGACGCUGCGCGCCCGCACCUUUAUACCAAUCGGCCGCGCAACGCCGACAACGCAGCUCCACUUUGGUUCGCUCAGCGUCGCAUCGCUCCGCGCUGAAGUCAUGCGCUUCCACAAUGACUCGACGCUCCACUCAGCUUCAAUUAAUUCAGUUUUGUCGUAGUGGAACGCUCGCGUUGUCGUCAGUUGUAUUUCUACCAGCAAGGCAUUCGUGUGGCUAAAAUCAGCGCCUGACGACGCCCAUUCGACGGCGGCUCAACCGUGUUUUUAGUCUUCACACUUUCCUUAGUUUCGUCUGGCUAGUUUGCUGUGCCGCGGAUCGUGCAAGCAUUUGCAAAUACGAAAUCGAACGUAUACUUUUUGACAUUUCGGCAAUUGUCUGUCCGUCAAUGCCAAGGCGGGCGCAGAAGAGUUGACCGAAUUUCGUAUUCGUUUUCGCCUUCGCUAUAUUCUGAUGCCGUUUCUGUUUUAUGGCUUUACUGUUUUUGCUGCGGUUUUCAUUUCGAAAGCCUAAAGUGACCCUGUUGUGGCAUUAUCGCAUUUGUGACAGUGGAACUGGCAAAGAUUUCGAAAAAUGUUUACAUAAAAGUGAUCGCGGCAAGCAGAAGAGGAGUAGCAUACGUAAUUUUUCAAGCGAAAACGCGAUGUAUAGCGAUAAAGUGACAAAAAUGUGAAAAAGUGAAAACAUCUCCGGAGUAAUACAUUUAAAGACAAACGAGCGAAAAAAAAAGAGUUCGAGCUUAACUAAACUUGAAAAAAAAAAAUAUAUAUAUAAAGGUGAAAUUUUGCGUUGCGCUCUGCUGAUGUGGUUGUGUUAUGAUUUUAAAACUUGUCUGGUUGCAUUUAAUUUAUUGGUGCAGUCCUCAUUCAUUAUCGCUUCAACAGAGCAACGCAUUAGUAAAGUGUAGUUAAAUGGAGAACGUACAAUGGAGUGAUAUCGCGCUGUUGAAACACUAAAUAUUCGCAAACAAUUUUUUCAAAACUACGAAGUAACGACUUUAAAAAGUUGGAAAUAAUUUCUUUGAACUACAGCUCAAAGUGGAGCGAAAGUGAACAGUUUCGACGCGCGUGCGUGUAUGUGAGUGUGACAAUGUCUUUGUGCGCCUAUCCGCAAGUACGCAUUUACGAGGAUUUCGACAAAAUGAGCGCCAAAGAAGUCUACUACAACGAGGCCGGCAACAAGGUCACCGUCAAGUUGCUGCACUUCCCCGACGUGCCACCCGAGGAGGUGGACAACAUUAAAUUCGAAGACGACGGCGCCGAAGCAGACGAGGGCGGCGAAGAGGCAGUCGAGCUGGAUCAUAGUAAUUGCAAAGAGUGCUGUGUUCACAAAGCUGAUCUAUCUUUGGUAAAUGGUCUGGCGCCACACAGAAAUAUCAUUCAAGAAACCGGCAUUGAAGCUGCAGAGGAGGAGGAGGAGGACGAGGACGAUGAUGUCGAAAGAGAAUACGAGGGGCUAACCACGCCAUAUGACGAAAGCGUCGAACGCGAGGCUGAUGAGCAGUCGCGUCCACAUUCACCGGCAAUACCGAUUUCCUCGCGCAGCCAUCAUCAUCAUCAUCAUCACCACCAGCAUCAUCAGCAGCCGCUCUCGCACUCCAUGCCCUCCAAAAAGAUCUUCCGCAAGAAGUCCAACGUCAAUCUGUCGAACUCGCGCAAAUGCAGUCUCGCCUUUGCCCAAGCGCAUGGUCUGUCCGUCGGCGCGCCGCCCACUAUAAUGAUACCACCGCGUUCGCCAGUCACCGAUGAGGCCGGCGUUUGUGCGCAGCGUCGUCAGUGGCAGUUGCAGCGUCGGUCGCCGUCACCGCAGCAAAACUUAUGUCCCGGCUAUACGCAAUAUUCCAAGUCGUUUCUCGAGGUACCACUGCCGCGUGACUACGGCUACGCGUCCAGCGAUGACUUGAGCUCCGAAUGGGACUCCGAUGUGCCGACAGUGUCAGGAGGUCGCGGCCAGAUGCAAUUGAAAAAGCCCUCUGGUUGGCGCAAGCUACGCAACAUCGUGCAAUGGACGCCCUUUUUUCAAACCUACAAGAAACAGCGCUAUCCCUGGGUCCAACUGGCCGGUCAUCAAGGAAACUUCAAGGCCGGUCCCGAGCAGGGCACCGUCCUGAAGAAGCUCUGUCCGAAGGAGGAGGAUUGCUUUCGCGUGCUCAUGCAGGAUGUACUGCGCCCCUAUGUGCCGGAGUAUAAAGGGCAGGUGACCAGCGAGGAUGGUGAAUGUAAGUGCAUAUACUUGCAGUUGCAAGACUUGCUGAGUGAUUUCUGUCAACCCUGCGUGAUGGACUGCAAGAUUGGCGUGCGCACCUAUCUGGAGGAGGAGCUGUCCAAGGCCAAGGAGAAACCGAAGUUGCGCAAGGACAUGUAUGAGAAAAUGAUACAGAUCGAUCCGGAUGCACCCAGCGAGGAGGAGCACAAGGCCAAGGGUGUGACCAAGCCGCGCUACAUGGUUUGGCGUGAGACCAUCUCCAGCACUGCAACACUCGGUUUUCGCAUUGAGGGCAUUAAGAAGAGCGAUGGCACCAGCACGAAGGAUUUUAAGACCACCAAGUCCCGCCAACAAAUCAAGCAGGCCUUCCGCGAGUACAUCGAUGGUUUUCAGCAUGCUAUGCCCCGUUACAUACAGCGCUUGCAGGCUAUUCGUGCAACACUUGAAUGCUCCGACUUCUUUCGCACACACGAAGUUAUCGGCAGUUCGCUAUUGUUCGUGCACGACCGCAAGCAGGCCAGCGUAUGGCUGAUCGACUUUGCCAAGACCGUCGGCCUGCCAGAGAACCAUCAGAUCGACCACAGCAGCACCUGGACGGUGGGCAAUCACGAGGAUGGCUACUUGAUCGGCAUCAACAAUUUGCUGGAGAUUUUUUGUGAGCUCGAAGCCGAAAUGGCCGCCGGAACUUCGCUGACACCAUCGUCGGCCUCGUCGUCGGCUUCAUUGUCGCCAAAGCGCCAACCGAUCGAGUCGAAUACCGAGGAGACUGCGUCUGUCAGUGGCGCAGCACGCGAGGGAGAAGUCGUCUUGGAGGCGAUUAAGCCAAUGAAGAUCGCCACUGUCGCAGAGCGUCAGCAGACAGAGAGCUCCAGCAAAACAGCCGCAACCGAGCAAACAAGGAGCGGCCAUGGCGAGGAAGAGCAUUCGGCAGAGGAGGCCGAGCGCGAGCCAUCCGAAAUGGCCUAGAGUGAUCUUCAAAGAAGAUUUGAUUGCACUUAAUUAACGCUCGUUCGUAGCAAACUAUUGGGAUUUGCUAGAAAUUUAAGAAAUUUUUGAGCUAAUAUUCAUAAAGUAGUUUAAGCUGGAAAUGCAAUUACUCGUAAGCACGCAAGACUGAACACAUAGUAAUUUAUUGAGUUACAUACAUACGCACAUGUAUUUUUAAUAAGCCUACGUACAUAUUUACUAGCUAAUAUAUAUAAGGGAGGAAAGAGAGAGAGAGAGACAGAGAGAAAGAGAGCAAAAAAUGGAAAUGAUUUGCUUGAAGAUCAUGAGAGAAGAGGAUCGUUUGGGACGUGUCUUCGUACCAUCAAUCUUCAACGCAGAAAACUCUUUGUCCGGACGCCCAUCGUAAAACGAUAAAAGCGAUUAUAAAUAUAGCAUUAUAAAAUUUUGAUUAGUUUAAAAAGAUACGAAAUUUGUUGCUAAGGUUACGCCAUGGAAUUAGCCUAGAAUGUACAUAGGGGCAAGUUUUGGUCGCGCGCAAAGCAUUCGACCACUCAAAACGAUUUUUAUUUUUAGUUUUGUUAACUACCAUACAUGCAUUAUUAUU